GGCCGUAAUAUUGUGACGUACCUUAAUUUUUUGAUAAAGCAUUUGCCCCACACUCGAUUGUUUCGGUAAAGUGAAUAGCUAAUUGAUGGUAUAAAAGCCCGUGGCCGAUUAUCAAUCGACAUCACAACCUAGUUUACUUCUGGCAAAGCCACAUCGCAAACACACCACAGUGAUUUAUUAACUUUCAUUGAUUUCGUCAACAUGAUUUCCCGAUCAGUUAUCCUUGCUUCAGCUGUAUUCGCUGUUUUGACCUGCAGUGCAUUCGCUAGUCCGAGAGUCGGUGAAGCGCAUUCAACGUCGUCAGACAUUUUGGAUGCACUCUCAAACUAUGUUCAACGCAACGAUGUUUCAUUGGAUUUGCCAGUAGCUGACAGCAAACUUACCAUUUCUGCACGUAAUUUGCAAAACGACGAAGUCGACUUCAAAGUUAAAUUCAACAAUGGUGUCGUUGAAUCACGUAAAUCGAAGCUGAAGAAGGUCGCCAUUCCAAUUUUGACUUUCAUCCUUUUGAAAAUCAUCACACUUGUUCCAUUGGGUCUUGGUAUCUUGGGGAUCAAGGCAUUUAACGCACUUCAAUUGUCAUUCUUCUCGUUCGUUAUCUCUGUUGGUUUGGCUGUCUUCCAACUUUGCCGAAAGUUCGCUGACCAACACCCAACCACCAUUGCUGCUGGUCCAUGGGACACCCGAAGCUUUGCUCAAGAAGUUAACGAACCAGCCCAAAAUAUUGCGUACAAUGCCUACUUGUAAAUUACGAUUGCUUAACUGCUAAGCAUCGAUUGGAAUCCAGCGGAAAAACAAACUUUUUCACGCAUAAUUUAUUGUAUUUAUUUUAACUUAUUGAAAUGAAUGAGAGGCAGAUUGAAGUAAAUAAAUUGAAAUCAUGAAGU